CUUGGAGCAGUCCUCACCCUCCCCAUGCAAUUACGACGAGAUAAGCGCAGACGUCACUCCAGCUCAGACAUUUCGCAGUCUCCUCCCCUGAGGGAAAACCAAAUACCUCCAGCCCAAAUCAGGGCUGUUGAGGCCAAAUCUGCAAGAAGGUUGCAGGCGAGAUGGAAGGUUCCCUCUGCGCCUGAAAGCAGCCAGGUCCUCGGGUUGGGGGGACUCUUCAGCACAUCCUUCUCUGGACGACAAAAGAUCAUCACUGGCUACAAAAUAUAUGAAAACUGAAGUUUUUGUUCUUUUAGCUUUCGAAUUUACAUUUUUGGGAGCAGUGUGAUUCUUUCAAGUCUAGCAGUGCAUUAACACGGUCUGAGCGUUUCCGUUCCGCCCUCCUCGCUAAGACCACUAGCAGCGGCACCUCAGCGUGGGAGCAGAGGACUCCACCGCCCAACCCGGGUUAAAUCUGGGAGGCUCCUAAGAUGGCUGCAGCCGCUUCCAGGCACCUCCUCUUCCGCGGCUCCGCCCACCGCUACGUCCGCCUUCGCCCCGGAAGUGGAAGUCGUGCUGCGGUCAGAAGGCGGAACCGCUGCUGGGAGACGGCGGGAGCUCUAUCGCCAUGGCUGCCGGGCCGAUCUCCGAGCGGAACCAGGAUGCCACGGUGUAUGUGGGGGGCCUGGAUGAGAAGGUUAGUGAACCACUGCUGUGGGAACUGUUUCUCCAGGCUGGACCAGUAGUCAACACCCACAUGCCAAAGGAUAGAGUCACUGGCCAGCACCAAGGCUAUGGCUUUGUGGAAUUCUUGAGUGAGGAAGAUGCUGACUAUGCCAUUAAGAUCAUGAACAUGAUCAAACUCUAUGGGAAGCCAAUACGGGUGAACAAGGCAUCAGCCCACAACAAAAACCUGGAUGUAGGGGCCAACAUUUUCAUUGGGAACCUGGACCCUGAGAUUGAUGAGAAGUUGCUUUAUGAUACUUUCAGCGCCUUUGGGGUCAUCUUACAAACCCCCAAGAUUAUGCGGGACCCUGACACAGGCAACUCCAAAGGUUAUGCCUUUAUUAAUUUUGCUUCAUUUGAUGCUUCGGAUGCAGCAAUUGAAGCCAUGAAUGGGCAGUACCUCUGUAACCGCCCUAUCACCGUAUCUUAUGCCUUCAAGAAGGACUCCAAGGGUGAGCGCCAUGGCUCAGCAGCCGAACGACUUCUGGCAGCUCAGAACCCACUCUCCCAGGCUGACCGCCCUCAUCAGCUGUUUGCAGAUGCACCUCCUCCCCCCUCUGCCCCCAAUCCUGUGGUAUCAUCAUUGGGGUCUGGGCUUCCUCCACCAGGCAUGCCUCCUCCUGGCUCCUUCCCACCCCCAGUGCCACCUCCUGGAGCCCUCCCACCUGGGAUACCCCCAGCCAUGCCCCCACCACCUAUGCCUCCUGGAGCUGCAGGACAUGGCCCCCCAUCGGCAGGAACCCCAGGGGCAGGACAUCCUGGUCAUGGACACUCACAUCCUCACCCAUUCCCACCAGGUGGGAUGCCCCAUCCAGGGAUGUCUCAGAUGCAACUGGCACACCAUGGCCCUCAUGGCUUAGGACAUCCCCAUGCUGGACCCCCAGGCUCUGGGGGGCAGCCACCACCCCGACCACCACCUGGAAUGCCUCAUCCUGGACCUCCUCCAAUGGGCAUGCCCCCCCGAGGGCCUCCAUUCGGAUCUCCCAUGGGUCACCCAGGUCCUAUGCCUCCGCAUGGUAUGCGUGGACCUCCUCCACUGAUGCCCCCGCAUGGAUACACUGGCCCUCCACGACCCCCACCCUAUGGCUACCAGCGGGGGCCUCUCCCUCCACCCAGACCCACUCCCCGGCCACCAGUUCCCCCUCGAGGCCCGCUUCGAGGCCCUCUCCCUCAGUAAAUUCACAUUUUUCCUUCCUCCUGUUACAUCUUCCCAAUAUAUUUUCUAUUCCUUGGACCAAUCAGAGAUGCUGUAGCUUCUUGGGGCUAAGGUACUAAUCCCUUGCAGCACCCCCACCCCAUUCCCCUUUUUAAUGUAACUUUUUCCACAGGAGGUAUUUCUUUUUUAUGUUGGUCCUGAGUAUUUUGCAAAUGCAGAGAGAAAAUAAAACUAAACUGCUUGUUUA